UACUACUAGCUAGCUAGCUUAGAGCUGGGGUUAAAUGGUCAAAAGAUCUUUACUGCAUCUGGCAAACACCGCGAGCACCCAGCAAACAAGCUCACAACUUGGCUCCACUGAUGAGUCCUUGCCAAACAGAGCUACUACGGUACUUGCAGCUAGCUUCUAGGUGCUGGUAGGGCCAUCGAUGGAGCCCCAAAGUGUCGAGGCCAAGCGGAUCACUCAAUACAGGUACAGUGGAAGAGCCCAUGUGCAUUCAAACGGCUUCAAGCCUCAUGGAAGUACUCCCCGUGCGAAAACGUACAAAGCAAGAUGGUCGUGCCCAUGGAGAAGACACUCCGUGCCAAGAAGACGCGCAAAGAUUUCACAACAAGCAACCCAAUGUUCAUGGCAAGACGUUAUUAUUAAGGAAGAAGCAGUCUCUGCAUCGUCGUUUCCUUGGAUGCAUGGCUCUGGUUUCCUCGUCGAGCUAUCUGACAAUGACACUGUUCACGAACCACUCCGAUAGACGCAAUCUCAAUCAUCAAGUGCCGGACUUUCCAGGUACGGAAAAAUCAGAAUCGAUUGCAGCUGCAGGAGGAUAUACCAGUGGAAUCUUUGGGAGCUCACAGUUCGACUCAACAAAGUGGAUAAAUGAUUCACAAUCAAGUGCAGCAAUCUUAGUAAGAAAUCCCAGUGGUAUCCUGGGGAGUUCUCAGCUCGAAUCAACCAAUUGGACAAACUUGUUCCUGCCUCUCCGGAGUGUAUGCUUGACGGAAGGAAGAAUCCAUUUCUUUCAGGACAAGACUGAUCCAACCAAGUCUGGAGUUGAAGCAUAUCAGUACUUUGAGAAAAACCGUAGACCACCUCAAGUAUUCUCUUCAUUUGAAAGAAAAGCGGCAAGCUUCGACCCGGCACCUAUGUUGCACGACAUGUCUAUGGAGGAAUGGAUGAACGAAGGAUCUUCGGAGAGGAAGGUCAGUCUGCACUACGGCUCUUCCUUCGUGAUACCGCCACACCUGCCACAAAACAACUUUCAUGCCUUUAAUGACCUGAUCAUUCCGGUCUUUCGAGAUGCACUCAAGAGUGGUGCCAUGGCAGAUACCCACUUUCAUGACGACGAAAACAACCCGGAUAAAGUCAAGCAAGCGAGACGAGGGACGUACCGAAAUCUGUUCCUACUCCAGGGAAAUGAGGAUUUCGUAGAUGACAGGGCCAUCAUGUUUGACGUCUUGUUCAAGCUAUUUCACAGAGUGCAUUAUCCAUUGGAGGCCUUUGUCGUUGACAAACAAAUCCAAGUGGCUCGUGGCGUUUGCUUCGAGCGAUAUGUUUGGUCACAACCAGGCAGCAAACCUUUCUAUUCUCACUUUGGACGCUAUGACGCUGACAAUAGCAAUCAGUGGAAAGGCGUCGUUCCUGCCUUUCGUGAUGCGAUAAACAAGGUCUACAGCAUUCCGGUGGCUCCCAGUUCUGCGUUCCUCCAAAACCUCAGACGCAACCCUACAAGAAAACCCAAACUCGUGUGGGCAAGUCGAACCGCUGAAAUGGGUCCACAAACAUGCGAACGAUGCAUCGUGAACGAGGUCGAGCUCCUCCAAGCGCUUCAACAAAAGUUUGAUAUCGAGUUGCUGCCAAUAUCGAAUCGGAAAAACUCACGUGAAUCCAAUCUUGUGAAAGCACUGAGACAGCUGGCAAGAGCCGAUAUGCUUGGGGGCUUGCAUGGUGCGGGAUUGGGGCAUGCUCUGUUUCUGCAGCAAGGAGCGGCUGUAUUUGAAAUGAAGGACCGAACGCAUUGGUCCUCCAAUCUUUUCCUGAACAUGGCAAACCUCAAUGACGUUGGCUACUAUGCUUACGAUACGCGACCAAUGGAAUUGCCAGGUGGGAAGCAACGGUACCUUCUUGAUGGUGCUGCAAUAGCUUCAAUCAAAGAGGGCUUGUGGAAGGCCUGGCAAGACGAAGUUAAGCACCGAGUGGUACAGGCAACUCACCGAAUGGAACGAGACGAGCAGGAAGGAACUUGCAAGUUUCCAUUCAACAGUCUCGCAGGCAAUGUGAGCUCCUUCGAACACAGUCGAUGUUAUCUUGUUUUGAAUCGAAAGGGUAGAUGGAAACAGGCAGCAAAUGCAGACGAAGACACACAAAAAACUUCCAUCUAGUGCAACCAUGACACGCACAGUGCUGUUGGAGCUUGCGCCACGGUGACUGUCGAAGCCUGCAGCAGCUGAAGGACAACCUUCCUUUUGAGAUUACGAAACGCAAAGCAAUGCAAAUUGACGCUAAACCCAAUUGUUCAAAUUCUCUAACAGUUUUGACAACCCAGACCAGAACUUUGACACGCACGGUGUCUCGAAUCUUGAAGCAGAUUUAAUAAAAUAGUUUGGUCAUCAUGUCUAC